GAGCCUCGGUGCAUUUACCCCAGUGUCAAUCAUGAUAGGAGGCGGGGGCGGGGCUGAGAAUGCUUUGAACACAGAUGCGGAGCGGCUCUUCUGCUGUGAGCGGAGCGCCAGUGAGACGAACAGAACCAUGACUGCGAACGCAUACGACGUGAUUGUGAUUGGCGGAGGCAUCUCAGGUCUGAGUGCCGCCAAGCUGUUGGUGGAGAGCGGCCUGAAUCCUGUACUCCUGGAAGCCAGAAACCGUGUUGGUGGAAGAACCUACACUGUUCAGAAUAAGGAGGCCAAAUGGGUGGAUCUGGGAGGAGCGUACAUUGGGCCCACUCAAAACCGCAUCCUGAGGAUAGCCAAACAGUACGGCGUGAAAACAUACAAAGUCAACGAGGAGGAGUCUCUGGUUCACUAUGUGAAGGGCAAAUCGUAUCCGUUCAAAGGGUCUUUCCCUCCAAUGUGGAACCCUCUUGCCUACCUGGACUACAACAACCUCUGGAGGACAAUGGACAAGAUGGGAAUGGAGAUUCCUAAAGAAGCUCCAUGGAGGGCCCCUCACGCGGAAGAGUGGGACAAGAUGACCAUGCAGCAACUCUUUGACAAAAUUUGUUGGACCAGCUCUGCUCGUCGCUUUGCCACUCUGUUCGUCAAUGUGAACGUGACCUCCGAGCCCCAUGAGGUGUCUGCUCUGUGGUUCCUUUGGUACAUCAAGCAGUGUGGAGGCACCAUGAGAAUCUUCUCUACCACAAAUGGGGGCCAGGAGCGCAAGUUUGCCGGAGGUGCCAAUCAGAUCAGCGAGGCGAUGGCGAGAGAGCUGGGUGACCGUGUGAAGCUGGGCAGAGCUGUCUACAGCAUUGACCAGACUGGAGACCUGGUGGAGGUCAGGACCGUUAAUGAGGAGAUAUACAAGGCCAAAUAUGUUAUACUUGCCAUACCACCAAGCCUGAACUUAAAAAUCCAUUUCAACCCUGAACUACCGCCUCUGAGGAACCAGCUCAUUCACAGAGUCCCCAUGGGCUCCGUCAUCAAGUGCAUGGUGUACUACAAAGAGAACUUCUGGAGGAAGAAGGGAUACUGUGGCACCAUGGUGAUUGAGGAGGAGGAAGCACCUAUUGGUCUCACUCUUGACGACACUAAGCCUGAUGGGUCUGUGCCUGCUAUAAUGGGUUUCAUCCUGGCACGAAAAUGCAGGAAAUUAGCCGGCCUGACGAAAGAGGAGAGAAAGAGAAGGAUCUGUGAGAUUUAUGCUCGUGUGCUUGGCUCAGAAGAAGCAUUAAAUCCUGUGCACUAUGAGGAGAAAAACUGGUGUGAGGAAGAGUACUCUGGUGGCUGCUACACGGCCUACUUCCCCCCUGGUAUCAUGACACAGUAUGGCAGGGUUCUGAGGGAGCCGGUGGGCAGGCUGUACUUUGCAGGAACUGAAACGGCCACAGAGUGGAGCGGUUACAUGGAGGGGGCCGUGCAAGCUGGAGAGAGAGCCAGUAGAGAGAUUUUGUGUGCAAUGGGAAAACUCCAUGCGAGUCAGAUCUGGCAGUCAGAGCCUGAAUCAUUGGAUGUCCCGGCCCGGCCAUUUGUCACCACAUUCUGGGAAAGGAACUUGCCAUCGGUUGGGGGAUUCUUUAAAUUCAUGGGCGUGUCCUCCUUCCUGGGUCUGGCCACAGCAGCAGGACUGGUCGCUUACAAGAAGGGGCUCCUCCCACUUUCUCCACCUGUUCUCUGAGCUGGCCUUGUGAUUGUGGCGUUUACUCACCUGAUCACGGUCAUAACGCUGCCUCGGUGUGUGGCAUGGUUACUUAGAUGAGAAUUGACAUACAAUUGCUCAGUCAUAGUUAAAAAUUAACCAAGUGAUUAUUAUGGAAUAAUGAGUAGCUACUAAUUGUUAAUGUGGGAAUUUUUGCCCUGUCAAAGAGUUCACUAGCCACAUUAAAGGAACCGAACGUGUGACAUUCCACAACCAUUCAUUAUGUCUGUGAGAGCGUGUGUGUUUUUCACCAGUCUUAUUGAUUACCUCUGCUAAUUUCAGGUGCUGUUCUCAGGAACUCGUUAAUUAACCUUCUGAAAUAUUGAAGUUAACAUUACAGAGAUUAGAUUAGCAUUUAGCAAUGCAUUUUAUGGUACUCUAUAACAGAGACUUUGAGAAUAUCUUCUCUAGAUCACUACACAACACAACACAGAAGCUGUAUUAGCUUCAGCACAAUUCACUAUAUCAUUUGUGAGAGAAGCAGAGGCUGUUCAUAUCACAUGCAUUAUUGAUUCUCAACAUACAGUGUUACACAACAAUUAGUACAUACUGGCUUUAUGUGUCUGUUAGUAUAACGAAGUGAAGUCUAUCAGUCGUAGAGACCUGAUUUGAAGGUUGUCCCAGUGUUUUAUAUAAUUUCUAAAAGCUGCUGUGUGAUUGAAUCAUAUAUGAAAGCAUUUGAAUGUACUUUUACAUCGUCAAUGUUUUUCAUGUAUACUUGAAAUAUAAAUUUGUUUUCAACCAUCCAUUGUUUAAUAGUUCUCCAAUUCCAUAUAUUAUUAAUAGUAAAAUAAAAAUGAUAAAAUGUAAUUAAAUGUUAAUUUGGAGAGAAAUGUAAAACCUGUUUAUCUCAAUGGUUUGACUUUUUCUUUUUUUCCCUCAUCUAUCAAUCUUGAGAUAGAUAGAUAGAUAGAUAGAUAGAUAGAUAGAUAGAUAGAUAGAUAGUGUCCCUCACCUUCAUAGUAGUAACCUGUGCAAUAUUAUUUACAGAGUAAUUAUACCAUCAUGUAUGAUGAUUUAUUAAAGUAUAUGGCAUUCAUACACUCUUAUAUAUAUAAUUGCAAUUAAUUGAAAAGGUCAUGCAGCCCCAUACAGAUUAGAAAAUAAAAUGUAUUAUGUGUGUAAACCUGAAGUGUGUACAUUUUGUUGUUCCAAAGAUGCAUUGUAACUGUUGUUUGUGGUGCCUUAAUCUGAUGUAGUAUUCCUCAUUUCUCAAGUGCCUCUGUGCUGAUGAGCUUCUCCAGUCUUGAACAUUGUCUCUGGGUCAGUCACCGGCUGCUUUAGGUGAUGCUUUCUAAAAACGAGCUCCUUUCACAAGAGUUAGAAACAGCAUUUUUGGUCAGAGCUUUGUGAAGCUCUUUGACUGAUAAAUCUGCAUUGAAGCACCAUUCAAAAACCCACAGUCAUCAGCAUACAAUGGAAGGCUUUCACAACUGCUUCCUGAAGGAGCCACAGAUGAUCCAGGACUGACAGAAUCAGAGGCUCCUGACUGUUGACUAAUGUUUGAUAAGAAAGCUUUCUAUCUGUGACCUACAUCUUUGGUUAGAAUCUGGUCCACUGUGAACUUGUAAUGAUGUGGUGACACUUUUGUCCUGACAUGUUGUAUUUGCUGUAACUCCUCCACCUGGUGUGCUAGUGAAUUGUGCCUCUGUGUGUGUUCUGAUAAUGCUUUUCCGAAACCACAUAACAUGGCCCUGUUUACCUAAAAUAUGUCGUUGCCUGCUUCAGUUUGCAUAGCUGCCCUGCUUCGAUCAAGCCCCUUUUGUGUGUGAGUAUCACAAUGUCCAAUGGUCCAGUCUUGUAAUUGCAUUAUUUGAUCUCUUUGUAUAAAUUCCACGACUGAUAAUAAAAGUGUGUGAUUUACCACCAGA